AUGAGCAACGCUCAAGGAAAUGAUCACCAUGACGAUCCUGAAGGAUCAAAACCAACUGAAGAGUACACCAUCCCAAAAGCCACCAUAACGCGUAUCAUGCGCCAAGUCCUGCCACAAGACUCUAGGGUCACCAGCGGCGCCAAGGAGACCAUGGACCAGUGCAUCGUGGAAUUCUCCGCGGUCCUCACACGGGCGGCCAUGCAGGAGUGCCAUCGAGACCGGCGCCUGACUAUCUCCGCGGAUGACCUAAUCGCUGGCAUUGCUAGAUUGGGAUUUGCUGAUUACGUGCAGCCCAUGUCCGAGUUUCUACGCCUAUACCGUGAGAACGCUAACCAGCAGGGUAUAGCACCACCAGCACCGCUGGCACCGCCGGCACCUGUGGUCCCGGGCGUGGAUGAAGAGACUGCAGUGCCACCGCCACCACCGUCGCCAGAUCUCACACUGCAGUUGGGCCUGCCAUCCGUGCCAGAUGUCACGAAGCUGGCACCUUGCACUGACGUGUAUGCAAUGUGGCCUGGAGGACCACCCGCGGCGGCGGGCACCUCGCUGGCGUCAAUGCCGCAGCCUGCUGUUGAUGAGAAGACGAGUGAAGUAAACUGCCCGGCCUGCAGCUGGCAACUUUGA